AAUAUCUAAUUGCUGUGGCUCAGAGACGUACACCAACCCCCACUAGGUUCCGAGACGGACCUUGCUUUCGACAAAAGAAAGGUUCUGUCACCGUCACCGUCACUGGUACUGACUGCAGUGAUUUCACUUUAAAAAAUGGAGAUAUGUCCCGUUUAAUAUGCCACCGUCGUCGUUUCACGCUUCGAAUCAAAGCCAGACCACUUGACGCCAAAUUUUUGCGAGCCGAGGAGAGAAAGCGAGGGCGAAUUUUAUUCUAACGGAAAUGCAUUCUUUAAGCAUGAAGGUUUUGACGGAUUUCAAUACGGGGAAUACGAGGCGGUUGCCGGGCCGGGGAAGCUCCGGGUUCGUUGAGCUCGAGGAGUGCACGAGGAGGCAAUGGCUAAAUUGCAGAGAUUCCGCGAGGAAUUGUAGGAUUGUAGCGUGUGCUUCGCAGCGAAACGGUAAUGGCGGCGGAGCGGGUCCGAGCUCUAGCUCGAGUCCGAGUUCGAGUUCGUUCUUGUCUCGGAGCCAAACCUACGCUCUGUUAAAGCAGCAAAUGGAGGUCGCCGCCAAAUCGGAGGAUUACAAAGAAGCUGCAAGGAUACGUGAUUCGUUGAAAUUAUUCGAAGAAGAAGAGCCGGUUUUGCGGUUGCGAAGAUUGAUUAAGGAGGCAGUUGCUAAUGAGAGGUUUGAGGAUGCAGCUAAAUAUCGUGAUGAAUUGAAGGAAAUUGCACCGCACUAUCUCUUAACAUGUUCAAGUGAUGCAACGACCUUUGGGAUCAGGGUUCAAGUCAGGAGUGUUUACAUAGAGGGCCGAAGUCAACCUUCAAAGGGUCUGUGCUUCUUCGCAUAUAGAAUAAGAAUUACCAAUAAUUCAGACCGCCCUGUUCAACUUCUCAGAAGACAUUGGAUUAUUACUGAUGCCAACGGAAAAGUUGAGAAUGUCUGGGGCAGUGGAGUUAUUGGUGAGCAGCCUGUUAUACUUCCCGGGACAGGGUUUGAAUACUCAUCUGCAUGCCCCUUAAGCACUCCCAAUGGCAGAAUGGAAGGGGACUUUGAGAUGAAACACAUCGAUAAAGUAGACUCACAGUCUUUUAACGUAGCUAUUGCCCCGUUUUCUCUCUCGAUACUAGGAGAUGACACUGAUACUUUAUGAGAAACGAAGUGUGGCUUCACUUGAAGAGAUGGAGGACUUACACGAGGUUAUAAAAUUGAAGGUUUAGAAAACUUUAUUCUCGUAUUUUGCUAUGCAAGUGUAAAAAUCAGUGGGCUCGUUUGCUAACGUUUUUUAGAAUGUGCUUUUAGCUCUUUGAUUGUAAUGCGACAUAAAAAUGAAAGUAGUUUUGACCGUUUUGUAAGUGCUUUAUGGGUUGAGUUGUUUGUUAAUAUUUUGUUUUUUUGUUAAAAAGUAAAAAGCUAUACUAAAAAAACAUUAGCAAACGAGCCCCGUGUAUUUUGCGUUGUGAGUGUAAAAACACAUCUCCAUUCUCGGGGAAUAAAAGUUGAUAUUCUCAUUUCA